AUGUCCACGCUUGGUCGCAGGACUGUGGCUGAUCACGAUACCUCUUUGCUGCAGUUGCAGUACCUCACUAAUUCCAUCGGCCUCCGGCGGAACUACCUGGAUGAGAACGUCGAUGAGGCUCCGCAACACGAUGAGAGUGUGCUAUUCGAUGUAGAAGGCCUGAUCAAGCCCAUCGCUCUGAGAUCUGAUACUCCAAUAGUACGGCCAGAUAUCGCAUGGCAUCCUAAUUACGAGACAUACCUUGCACAAGGAUUUCCAGCCCAGAUCUCGUCACCGCGAGUGUGGUCAGGGGCAGACUUUGCCGACUCAAACACCUAUAUCGUUCACUUGUCCGAUAGCGACAUAGCCGAGAUCAACAGUGCGCUCGCGAAUUUCCACGCACUCGGUGACAAUAUGGGCCCUGACGAUGUGGCAACGGAAACAUUCCCUUUACCAAAUCUUAGAGAGCGACUACUGCAGGUAUCGCGCAACCUCCAUCUGGGCACUGGCUUCAACGUCAUUCGAGGUCUCAAUCCAACAGAAUACUCGCCUCUCGAUAAUGUCCUCAUCUAUCUCGGUAUCACCAGUUACCUUGCCGAUAUCCGUGGCUGUCAAGACUACGAUGGGCGGAUGAUAGUUCACAUCAAAGACAUUGAGAAGGAGUUACCUGACGCCACUGGCCGACCGUCGCCAUACACAAGCCGUGCACAGCCCUUUCAUACUGACAUGUGUGAUAUACUGUCCAUGUACGUGUUAGAUACCGCCGUCUCGGGCGGCGAAAGCUUACUGGCAUCGUCUGGGAUGAUAUACAACGAGUUAGCCGCCACUCGUCCCGACAUCAUCCACGUCCUCUCCGACAACACAUGGAUACACGACGAUUUCAACAAAGCCCGUCCAAGCUGGGCAUACCGCCAACUCCUCCAUAACUUCCCAAAACACGGCCCCAGCUUCCUCUACUCGCGUCGCCCCCUCACCGGCGCCCCCUUCUCGCCCCAUCACCCAGACGUCUCAGCCAUGUCCGAACGCCAAGCCGAAGCCCUCGACGCCGUGCACUUCACCGCCGUCAAGCACCAGCUCAAAAUCGCACUUCAGCCCGGCGACGUCGAGAUCUUCAACAACCUCGCCUUGUUCCACGCCCGCGAGGGCUUCACAGACAGUGGACGCCAAGAUGCUCGCGACAUCGUCGACGACAGUGACAGUUUCAGUCCGACAAAGCGCUCGUUGAAUGGAACACGCCACAUGCUUCGGCUGUGGCUACGCAGCUCGGAUGAGGAGUUGGCGUGGCCCAUGCCCAAGGUGCUUGAGAAGAAUUCUGAAUUGAUCUAUAGGGAUAGCGAGGCGAAGAGGUUGGGAAAAUGGGAUGUACAUCGGGCACCAACUAUCAAUAGGAAAUUGACUAGGCAUUUCAAAUGCUCGUGA